AUGGCCUCGUCGUCGGCGUCGUCGGUGCCGGCGCCGGGUGGAGGAUCGAUGAUCACCUUAGCGGCCUCCUCGGCGGCCAACGGCGGCGGCAUGGGGGUGUGCGGCACGGGAUCGCCGUGCGCGGCCUGCAAGUUCCUGCGGCGCAAGUGCCAGCCGGACUGCGUCUUCGCGCCCUACUUCCCGCCGGACAACCCACAGAAGUUCGUGCACGUCCACCGCGUCUUCGGCGCCAGCAACGUGACGAAGCUGCUGAACGAGCUCCACCCGUUCCAGCGCGAGGACGCCGUGAACUCCCUCGCCUACGAGGCCGACAUGCGCCUCCGCGACCCCGUCUACGGCUGCGUCGCCGUCAUCUCCAUCCUCCAGCGCAACCUCCGCCAGCUCCAGCAGGACCUCGCCCGCGCCAAGUACGAGCUCUCCAAGUACCAGACGGCGACGGGGCCGAACGGGUCGCAGGCUAUGGCGGACUUCAUCGUGCCCAACGGCGGGGCGGCGAGCUUCAUCAACGUUGGUCACUCGGCAGCGGCGCUGGGCGGGUUCGGGCAGGAGCAGCAGUUCGCGGCCGUGCAUAUGCUGUCGAGAAGCUACGAGGCGGCGGAGCCCAUCGCGAGGCUCGGUGGGAACGGAGGCUACGAGUUCGGCUACACUUCGGCGAUGGCCGGCGCCGGGUCGGUAGGCCUCGGCAUGCUCGGCGGCUCACCGUUCUUGAAGCCCGGCAUCGCUGGCAGCGACGAGAGGGCCGGUGCCGGGCAGUAGCUACCCGAGCAGUUGCUCUCUUCUAUCAGA